AUGCCCUCCUUCAGUAUCGAGGCCGAGGGUGAAACUAAUCCUCUGACCAGGAAUGCUGUCAUAUCUACCCUCCAAAGCGCCUCACUGCCCACGGCCCAGAGUCUGAAAGUGGCCACGCAACAGAUUGGGAACUGGGAAAAGUCGCCUGGCUAUUAUGCUCUCCUUCAAGAUGUCUACGCCGACUUCUCCCUCAGCCAAGAAGUACGCUUCCAGGCCAUCAUCCAACUCAAGAAUGGCAUCGACAAACACUGGAGGAAGACGUCCGUAAAUCCUAUCAGCAAGACCGAGAAGGAACAGAUCAGAUCGAGGGCUAUCGAAGCGGGCGUUCACGAACCCAUCUCAGCCCUUGCACUCCAGAAUGCUCUAAUGCUCGCGAAGAUUGUUCGGUACGAAUUCCCCCAUGACUGGCCGGAUGUCAUCAACGUCAUAAUACAACACCUUCGAGCCGCCAACGAGGAUCUCAGUGCGAAUCUCUACAUCUCGAACAUCUUGACCAUUACCCUGCAGAUAAUCAAGGAGCUGGCAUCGGGACGUCUACAGCGCACGAAGAAGAGCCUUCAAAAUGUGGCAUUGGAGCUUUUGCAGGUCCUUGGGCGUCUCUAUGUCAGUUUAGUGGCUAGGUGGCAGUCGGUCGCUCCUCAAACCGAUCUUGCUAGCACAGUCAGCAGUCAUUCGGCGCUGAAGACAUUGCGGAGACUUCUCGUGGUUGGUUUCGAGAAUCCUCAUCGAGAAGAAGCAGUCAAGGAAUUCUGGAACCUCCUGCAGAAUCACCAACAGAUAUUCUGGGCAGCAUACACUCAAGAACUCCCAGCCGAAGCUCAAAGCAUGCUCUUGAAGCAUCUCCUGCAGUUGUCCAAAUUAUUUCUCGACAUGGCUCGAAACCACCCUGCCUCCUUCGUCCUUCUUGGCUGCAUGGACAUUCUGAACCGCUCCUGGUCUAUAAUCAGCGAGACGGAGGCCAAGCAGGCUUCCUUGCAGGGGAACUUUGACUGGAAAGUAUACCGCAGUGGCGACAAUGCUGAGGAGUCACCAAUCGAGAAGCUUCGCUUGAAAGGCCUGUUAUUAUUCCGUGCUUGCCUGAAGAUGGUCUUCAAUCCAGUCCAAACAUUCAAAUAUGUCACCCCAGAGGACAAGCAGGACAGGAAACAUGCCGUCGAUUACGUCAAAAACACAGUCCUUACGCAAGACUUCGUUCUUCGAUUGAUGGAGCUUUUAGUGACCCAAUACUUCAUCCUUCGGCCUUCCGACUUGCGAGACUGGGAACAGGAACCAGACGAGUGGGAGCGCCGAGAGGAAGAAAUUGCAGACGCGUGGGAGUUCUCGAUUCGCUCAUGUUCGGAAAAAUUAUUCCUCGACCUAGUCAUCAACUUCAAAGAGCUUCUGGUUCCACGGUUACUCCAGGUGUUCUAUCAAUACGCCACCAUUUCGAACACCGAUGUGCUCCUGAAAGACAGCCUCUACUCAGCCAUUGGAAUAGCAGCCGCCUGUCUAGAGGACGUCCUUGACUUCAAUACUUUCCUUCGCGAGACCCUGGUGCAGGAAGUACAGAUGAACAGACCAAAUUACAAUCUCCUUCGGCGACGCACUGCAAUCUUAUUAGGCCAGUGGGUCCCAAUCAAACCAGAAAUACUCGAUCGAAUCGCAGUUUAUCAAAUAUUCACACACUUGCUCUCGAGCCGAGAGCCCCUCAAUGACCAUGUCGUUCGCGUGACGGCAGGACGGCAGCUGCGUCUCGUAUUAGAGCCUUUCGAAUUCAGCUACUCUGAUUUCAGCCCCUACGCUACGCCUCUGCUAGAAAGUGUCAUAUCCCUCAUUGCUGAGACAGAACUGUCUGAGACAAAAAUGGCAUUACUCGAGACCGUCAGAGUGGCGGUGACGAGGCUGGAAGGCCACAUAGAACCAUAUGCACAGGGCAUAAUGUCGAUGCUCCCGCCACUAUGGACAGAAUCUGGUGAAGAACACUUGAUGAAACAAGCAAUCUUGACCUUGAUCACCGCAAUUGUCAACAGUCUUGGGCAGAAGAGCCUGGCCUACCAUGGACCCAUUCUCCCCCUAAUUCAUGACUCCAUCCAACCACAGUCGGAAGCAAUUGUGUAUCUACUUGAAGAGGCACUCGAACUGUGGGCUGCCAUUGUACAGCAAACCCCGACAGAGCACGCCUCUUCAGACCUGUUAUCCCUAUCUCAAUCUCUCCUACCCCUGUUGGAUAUGGGCGGUGAGCUUCUGCGGCAGAUAUUCGAGCUCACAGAAUCAUAUACGAUAUUGUCGCCCGCUACUGUCCUGUCACCCCAGUUCCUGACACCGCUCCUCACGUCAAUGAAAUCUUUCUUGCCGGCUCUAUCAACCAGUCGAGCACGGGAUGCGUCAUUGGCACCUCAUGUUCUAGAAAAUCUCGUUUCUACAAUGUCGGUCGAGUCUCUGUCCAGUGUGGAUCCUCAACAGGGCCUCACACAUCUUUUGGAAUCGAUGCUGAAUACCCACUACCUGGAAUCCGUGAUGGGCCUCCUCAAAGAAGCAUACGACUAUCAUCAGGAUCCUCGUCCGACCCGCAAACCACCAGACAUCAUUGGCCCGGGAGAAACGAGCCUUUUCAGUCUCCUGGCACGUAUGAUUCUCCUCUCGCCAGACCAAUUCGUUCAAGCAGUAAACGCCACCCACGUUACGUCCACAUCAACCUCAGCGCCAUCCUCUGUUCUCCCACCGGCCGAAUGGCUUCUGACAGAAUGGUUUCUUCACAUUGACGCCAUAGGUGACAUCCUGCGCAAGAAGCUUCAGGUCCUUGCCCUGACAAAUCUGCUUGCCUGUACGAUUUCUCCACGGUUUCCGACAGUCAUGCUCGAAAACCUCGAGACAAUGUUCACAAUCUGGACUGAUAUUUGCACUGAGCUAGGUCAAGAAGCAGCAGACGAGUCCCAAGGAGAUUACCUAUGGCAUAACCGCCAUGGAGAUGGUGGAGAUGUUCCUGAAUGGCCUGACGCAACACCAGAGGAUGGUCGGAAGAGGGUCUUGAGUAACCACGAUCCAAUCUAUACCAUUAAUGUACGCGAGUUUAUCGGGUCGAGGUUGAGGCAGGUGAUUGAGAGGACCGGCGGGCUGGAGAAUUUUCAAUACCGUUGGCUAAGUCAAAUUGACGGAACGAUUGUUAAGAGCUUCGCGAAUCUGAAGUUGAUGUGA